CACAUGUAUUCAGUAGUUUGUAGCCGUGAAUAUAUCAACUUCCGGUAUAAAAAAAAAUCGUCGGUCACAUUUGCAAACAUUUGACUUGAAUGUCAUGGCAAUGAAUUCGCAGUUGCCGUCGUUUCGAAUGCGUUUGUCGCAGAUAAGUCACUUCCGUCCAUAUCUGUACGCCAUAUUCGCUGACACUCGACAGAAGAUUCAUGGCAUUCAGCAGUCUGGAAAUGUUCUCAUGGGGCAACAGAGCAGAGGUGCUGGGGCUACAACUGCAAUCGAGAGCACGCCCACCUUGAAUGAAAAACUUCUCAAUCCACAGUACCUACACUCCGGAACAAAAUCCAAUACCACCCCGGUUGGGUCUGACCUAAUAAAACAGUGGGAUUGCUUUAGCACAGACCUUGCGACCAGCCUCAAUUACAUGAUGUCGUCCUUGAACACCCAACAUUCAAACUCCAGUGGUGUUGAUCACCGACGUUUGCAUAGAUAUGUGGAUUCAAGCCCGACUCUUACUGAUAACUGUAUGAAACGAUUAGAGAUCCAAGAAGUGUCAAGUUUUGUGUCCAAUGGAACUGGACUUGCGGUUGACAGUGUAUCAAACUCAGUUACUAUGGCAGUGAAGCAUGCGGUAUCGGAACAAAAGGACACAACAAACCAUAAUAUUUCAGUGUCUACCUCUAAUAAUGAGAAAGGUGCCAGCAGCGAAGACGAUAAAAACAAACCCACACAUGAGCAGCUGGAAUCUGUGAAAAACUAUUAUCUGGAACAUUUGCCCCAGUGCCACAGCAAGCCUUUGCUGGAGGAUUUGCGUGCACAUUUACACCACAAGAACAUUGUGUUUGAGAACCACUUUUUUGAGAAACCAAGAAUAUCAGUUGGGAUGAGAAGUUACGCUGCAGAGCUGUUAAAACUGCGGUUGCUUUUGCUGGUUAAAUAUGUCUCAUUCUACUUUACCCCCAAGACUGCCACUGUGUACCCUGCCGAGGGCUGCGUGCGGAUCCACUGGAUGCUGAAUGCUCAAACUUUCUCUGGUCUGAUAAGUUCACUCUCAAAGUUUGAAUUUGAAUCAGACAACCGAUUAAAAUACAAAACGGAAUUUGAAGCGAUAUCCACUCUGUUUCUGGACAAAGAUGGUAAAAUAGUCAAGCAUCAUAUAGAUAGAAGAAACCCAGUGGGAUGGAAGCAGCCCAGUACGGCAGAGAAGCUCGCUGCAAAGUUGCUGCAAUCAAACAAGAGUCUAGCUGCCACUGAGAGAGCAAACUUUAAGCGACCGUGUUGAUUACGCCUGUUAUAGCCAAAAUCACUGUCAGAACCAUUGUAGAAAGCCCUUUCAUAGACUUGGAAAUUAAGAUUGGAAUUUCGUCCCAAACUAAGUGUUGAUACAAAUUGUUUAAUAGAAUUCUUCUUCUGAGUUAAUAUUUCACCAGGACCUAAGGAAAACUUCGCAUCAUAGUAUGCAUAUUAAUUGGCUUGAGAUUUCAUAUCUGUAAUUAUCUACAUUAAUAUUCAAAAUACUGAAAAUUAUAUUUUUGUGGACGUGGUAAAUGUGAAAUAAGAUUGGCAUUAAAACACUUAAGUAUGUUUGUUUAAUACUCUUUUCGCCUCAAAGCUAAGGAUAUGCUGGUGAGUGCAAGUGCAAGCAUUGCUACUUAUUGAAGAGUUGUGAAGAAAGUAGAAAGUGGAAAGUGGAGUGCCCCCCUGCCUCAAAGGCCAACUUAAAAGUGCUUCUAAGAUAUGAGCCCUGCUCUGGAAAAGGGAGGUUUAAUGCUUGUGUGUUAAGGGUCUUCCCAGAUUGGCAUCAGCCUGUGCAGUCCGCACAGGCUUAUCAGGGAAGACACAGCUUUUAUGACUUGUUUGGUUGAAACAAAUUUUUAAUAGCGAAAAUCCAGUUAAGUUGUAAAGUGUCAUCCCUGAUUAGCCUGUGUGUACUGCACAAUUAGCCUGUGCACACUGCACAGGCUUAUCUGAAAGUUUACGCACAUGCAUUAAACCCAGUUUUAAAAGAGCAAGGCUAAUAUUUUUAUGAAAAGUGUGCUAUUUUUAUUUUGUUUUUCUUGUGGAUAAAUGUUAAAUGUUGUAAAAGCUCUUUGUUGCUGUGCAUGAUUCAGUAUGUAGGGUAUAUAAAACUGUUUUUCAUUUUUAUGCCCUCGGUAGGGUGGCAUAUAGCAGUUGAACUGUCAGUCAGUCGGUCCGUCCGAAAAUUUUAACAUUGGCCAUAACUUUUGCAAUAUUGAAGAUAGCAACUUGAUAUUUGGCAUGAAUGUGUAUCUCAUGGAGCUGCACAUUUUGAGUCGUGUAAGGUCAAGGUCAUCCUUCAAAGUCAAACAAGAAAAUCCAAAUAACGAGCUUUAAAUGGAGAUAAUUUAUAUUUAUCAUUUGGCAGAUACAGAUCAUUUUUACAAGGGAAGUAAAAAAAUUUAAAGGGAUAUAAUCAACAACAAAAAUUAAUCAUAGCGGCACAGAAGGGGGCAUUGUGUUUCUGACAAACACAUCUCUUGUUAGCGAGGCUGUUUUCGAAGAAAACCCGAGGUAUUGUCAUAGCCUGCUCGUCGUCCGCCGGUGUCGUGCUAAAACCUUUACAUUGGCUCUAAAAUCUAAGUGCUUCCACCUACAACUUUGAAACUUCAUAUGUAGAUGCACCUUGAUGACUUCUACACGCCACACCCAUUUUUGGGUCACUAGGUCAAAGGUCAAGGUCACUGUGCCCUUUAAAAAAAAAAUAAUUGACAAGCUUUCGCAGCUGAGCGUGGCACCCGUUAUGCGGUGCUCUUGUUAAAUCUUUGGGUGGCCUUAAAUUAAAAUCUUCAAAAAAUUAUUGAUCAAAAAGAAAAUUUUCAGCUUCUAAUCAGUAAACUAGAUGGAUAAACUGUUUAUUCAUCAUGAUUUUUUGGAUUGUGGAAAUAUUGAAAUGCUUAACUUGUCCAUUGACAAGUUCAUUUCAGAAAUGUACACAUCUGUCAUAAUAAAAAUAACGUUUUCGAUGUUGUGUUCAUGAAAAUAAUAACGAAAAACUAUUUUUAACUUAAAUGUACUUGCCUAUGUAACAUUUACUGCUAUUAACUUCCAAUAAUCUGUUUUAGAUCAGAAACUGUGCAUUUUAUAUUGACAAGACAAUGUGAACUAUUCCUUGCCAGACCUAUAUAGAUGUUAUAACAUUGAAUACCCCAUUCCUUGUUGUUCAAAACAUACCAAGUGCAUAAUAAUAAACAUGAUUAAUUAUGUUUCGCACAUGGACUGAAAAUCUUCAGUGAACAAAACUCAUAUGGAACAUUAUGAUUAUGACAUAUAACACACAUUUCUUUCAUUAAAAACAAUAAAUUAAUAUAUUUUGAUGAAAACAAUGACUGUUGGAUAUUAAUUAUAAACGUAAACCUAAAUCUAACCCAUUUUUGAUAUAACCCAUUUUUAGCGGUGUCCUUUUUCCUUGUAGGUAAUAGCACCUGUUUAAGCCAAUAAUCACAUUUGUGCUUUGUGAGACAGCCUGUUGUUGUUUUUUCGCAAUAAAUUUUGAUAUUCUG